UCUAUAAAUAUAUCAAUUUCAGGUGAUGAAUUCUUUCUAAAAAAGAUAUGCAAAUUAAGAAGAAAUGGCAGAAGAGGAUAAGUUGAAUAGUAUUACGGAUUUGGCUGAAAUGAAUGCAGAAAAAGUCGUAGAAGUGGGAGAAGAGGUUGAUAAAUUAAAAAGUGAAAUUAGUAAAGCAGCUUCAGGCAUUAUUAUUCUUAAUGAACAAUGGGAACACAGAAUUGAGGAUGAAGUAAAUGAAGUGCUAAAGGAAACUAAAGGAAAGCUUGACGAUACAGUAAACGAUGUUGAUUGCGCUUUUUCUGGAGUAAUCAGCGAUUUGACAAAGUUCAGUGAUGAAACGCGAGAGAGGGCUCCUGAAAAUUUGGGAGAUAUCAAAGACGAAAUGGAGAAAUUUGCUGAGAAUAUCUGCAAAACUCAUGAAAAAGAUAUUGGAUUAGAGGAACUGGAGAAGAUGGAAAGGAAAACUGAGAAUAUAUUAGGUGUCAUGAACAAGGAAAGUGAAGUUGUCACAAAUGUCGGCGAGAUAGUUUCUAAAAUAUCCACUGGAUUUGAAGGGUUAGACAAGGAGAUGGUUGGAGUCAAACUAGGAGAAGCCGCGGAUAAAAUAUGUCAGUUCGUUGAAAAUGCUGGUGAAACAAUUCUUGAGAAAGUUGGUACACUUGAGAAGCUUGAUAGUGAAAUCAUUGAGAAGACUACUGUGAAGUCGGAAAAAGAAGGAGAGGAAAAAAUGGACGAAUUUAUAAAAGAGACAUUUGGGAAGUUUCAAAAAUUAAAUGAGGAAGUAAACGAGAAAAUAGCGGAUGUAGAAUCUGUUGAAGGUUUCAAGGAAGGAAUCGGUGAAAAAGUUAAUGAGAUUAAAGUGAGGGCGGAUAAGGAAAGUAAAGAUAUUGUCUAUGAAUCAGAUGACGGAGAGAAACAAAUAGUCGGAAGAGAGAACAAUGUUGCCGCAGCAGAUGAUCUUCUUGGUACUGCCAGUACUGGUCAUUUACAAAGCGAUACUUUUAGUAAAAAUACCGAAAACGUGGAAGAGGUGGCAGAAGAUAUAGUGCCGAAAUCAGAAAAUGACAAGGAGAUACAAGCUAUCAAAAAGAUCAUACCACCUGGAGAAGAUGUUCCGGAACAAGUAGGCACCCUUUCCGAAAGCGGUGCUUAUCAUGACGAUUAUGAUACGGAGGAACCGGAAGACAUUGUAGCAACAAAACUGAGAGAUAUCGUGAGUGAUGAUGCGGAUGAGGCGGACAAAUUGCUGCAGGAAGCACAUAAUAUUAGCGAAAAACUGAUGGAACCAGAAACAGUCAAUGUGACAGAUCAGGAGGAUACGCAAGGACGGGAACUUCAUGAUAUUACGAUUGAUAUGAACGACAGCAGCAUGACAUCUGAUGGCAAAACGUCUGAAAUGCAAUGUAUUAAGGAUGAGGAGCGGAAAUUAGCAAAUGUCUCAAUACAACUUCCAUCCAUUUCUAGGCAGACUAAGGACGAACAUGUCGAAGCUACGGAUAGCUUAACUGAAAAGUUGAUAAUGAGUUCCGCUAAUGAGACAGAACCUCGAGUAGUGCAACAUCAAAUGGUCACCGAACCAUUAAUUAUCGCAUCAGAACAUGGUGAGAAACAGCAGUCCAGUGAAGCAACACCGGAAUCAUGCUUUCGCACCAGGAAACCGUUUAUUGCUGAUGAAGAGAAAACUGAGCAUGAAAUCAAAUUGAUAGCCCAUCCACCGCAAUCCGAAGAAAAUGUCAAGCUCUUUGCGGACCAGGAUAUGGCAGAUAUAAAUAAAGCGCAGCAUGUAAUUCCCGAUCCUUCAAACAACAAUAUCCCUUCACCGUUCCAAUCAUUAACUCUAGAAGAUACCCUCAAAUUCUCUACUAUUCCAACUGCUCUCGAGAACGCAUUACAAUCAACUGUCUCGAUCAAAAGCAAUGAUCGGGAUAAAAUAAUCACAGAAGUGGCAAUCAACCGAAUGCAAAAGAAAGUUGAACCAGAACCUCAGGGACUGGAAACAUUGGUUCGAAGGACAAUAAAUCCCGAAAUCGAAAGAGAUGAGCUCAAGUCAAAACAUGAAACGGAACAGAAUGUGGAAAUACUAACCAGUGAAGAAAAAGCUGGAGCGGUAGCUGCUGAAUGUGAAGCAAAACAUGAAACGAUGCAAAAGUCUGAAUCUCAAAAAACAAACACAGAACUUCCCACACAGAUUCAGAUACUUGGAGCUCAGAAGACAGAAGCACAUUCGAUUCCAUCAACAGCAGAAGGAGGAUUGGAAACGGUAACUGAAAGGGAUAAAACGGAUACAAUGAAAUCGAAGAGUAGCGAUGGACGACAGCAACAAACACGACGAUGCACCGUGCUAUGAAUUUUUAUUAAUGAAUUAUCCAUAAAAACACUGAAUUAAUGUCCUGAAAUUUUCCACUGUACCAUUAUAGGAAAGUGCAUCAUCCAUAGAUCCGG